AUGGCUCGUAAGACAAAAAUUUGGAUCAUUUCCACAAUUGGCCAACUGCCAAGGAAAUUAGAUAUCAGGGACCUGUUACAGAAAAUUCGAAUUCUGCUUGCUUCUUGGCGUUUUGUUGUUCUACAGUUUUUGGCUCUGUUUUUAGAAUUCAAAAUGAUGUCUGCACGCAAAGUCCAGAAGGUUAUGGUGCAACCCAUUAACUUGAUUUUCCGAUACCUGCAAAAUCGUACGAGAAUCCAAAUUUGGCUAUACGAGGAUGUCACACAUCGUAUCGAAGGAUAUAUCAUUGGUUUCGAUGAGUACAUGAACGUCGUUUUGGACGAGGCCGAAGAGCUCAACAUGAAAACGCAAAGCCGUAACAAGUUGGGUCGCAUUCUGCUCAAAGCAUUCAAUCUAUUUGGCUCAUGUGUUGUUACCGGAUCUCCGUUUCCUAUUCUUAACGCCGGUAUCCAGCUUCGGAUUGAGGAGCUUUUUGAUACACCAGUGCACACUAACAACUGGGCUGUAUUGGUGUGCACAUCACGUUUUUGGUUCAACUAUCGACACGUGUCAAAUGUACUUGCUUUGUAUCACAGCGUCAAGAGGCUGGGUAUACCUGACAGCAAUAUAAUUCUGAUGCUUGCGGAAGACGUUCCAUGCAAUCCAAGAAACCCGCGACCAGGCACAGUAUAUGCUGCCCGAGCCGGUAACAAUCUCUAUGGCACAGAUGUUGAAGUAGAUUACCGUGGAGAGGAAGUUACUGUAGAAAACUUCAUACGUCUGUUGACCGGUCGACAUCAUCCAGCUACACCACGAUCGAAACGUUUACUGACUGAUCAUCAAAGCAAUGUUUUGGUUAGUUCGUUAUUACAAAAUGCCGAAGAAUUAACGAAUGUCGAUCUCGCCUAUGCAAUUCAGACUAUGUACGAGGAUAAUAGGUACAAUGAAUUAUUUCUGAUCGCGGACACCUGCCGCAGUGCAUCGAUGUAUGAAUGGGUGGCAAGUCCAGGUGUAUUGUCGACAAGUAGUAGUCUGACUCACGAAGAAAGCUAUUCUUAUGAUGUCGAUGAUGAUAUUGGAGUCUAUGUGAUAGAUAGAUAUACCCACUUCACUGUCGCUUUUUUGAAUCGUGAGGUAACGGCAUUGAAUUCCACGGCGACGAUGCAGGAUUACCUAGACUCUUGUUCUCGUCGCCAAUGCAUGUCCACAGUUGGUGUGCGAAAGGAUGUGUAUCCCAAAGAGCCUUCGAGAGUUCGCGCAACAGAUUUUUUUGGCUCUUCAAGGAUGAUUAGACAUCUAACGGAAGAAAUUGUCAUUGACGAUGAGUGGAUGAACUAUAGUGGCUAAGGAUGUCCAGAAUGUGAUUUUCUUUGUCUUUUCCCGCUUUUUCCGCAUCACUUACAGUCAUAUUCAGAGCACUUCUCAUUCCCAUUCGCUGUUCCCAUUCUCUGCCCAUUUCUUGUCUUUGAAGUAUAAUUUGUGAGCACCAGAAAAUCCCUUAUCAUACUUAAGAAAUGUG